AUGUAUUCCGUAUCAGCUGUCUCCCCUAUGUUUCUCAGAACAGUUUCUCAGUACAGUCACCAACUGAAAACCAAUCAGAUAACAUAUACUACCAAAAUAAAUUUAAAUAAAAUCUAUAAAUUUUGUACACAUAUAUUGAACAUGAGAAGAAGUAUUGCCGUGCGGUCUAUGUUCCUGAAUUGUCUCCGGGAAAAUGCCUCCAAUAUGCGACUGGAGCAUGAGGAUCUGGGCCGUCGCAUCGCCAUUUCACUGGCCAAUUCUCGUAAAACUCUGGCUAACAUUGAGAACAUGAAUCUUGAGCUGCAGAAAAUGAAGAUAACUAUUCAUGAUGCCCUUAACACCAUUCUUGUUGCUGAAUUCGAUUUGGAGGACCAAUUAGAUCCGAAAAUUGUAACUCGGAUGUUUAUCGACUGUGACUCGAAAACUAAUAAGCCAGUUCAACCGGCAAUUGAAGGCAAUAAUUCUUGUUCCAAGCCCGUUGAUGAUUCCAAUGCAGAGCAACAUGUAAAGACCGUCUCCACUCAAUGUAAUGCUUCUAUGACUGAGUUUGUUGCUGUACCCAAACUUAAAAAUGCUACAGAUGAUUUUCAGACAAUAAUACCUAAUUCAAACUUAAAUGAUAAGGAAGUAACUGAAUCCGCUAACGUUUCUAUUUCCCACAUUGAUUUUGAAUAGUCAAAAGGGCAAAACAACAUAUGUUUUAUAUUUUUUAAGGACUCAAUUAAAUUGGUCUGGUCAGUUAAUAAAAAUAAUUCGUGUAAA